CGUGGCUGCCGCGGCGCCAGAGCAGCAAUGGCGGCGGGCGGCGGAGGUAGCGGCGAUCCCCUGUCUCCGGCGGGGGUCCCUUGUGCCUUCUCCCCGCAGAGCCAGGCCUACUUUGCUUUGGCCUCUACAGACGGUCACCUGCGAGUGUGGGAGACAGGCAACAAUCGGCUGCACCAGGAGUACGUGCCUUCCGCGCACCUCAGCGGUACCUGCACCUGCCUGGCCUGGGCGCCAGCGCGGCUGCAGGCCAAGGAGAGUCCACAGAGGAAAAAAAGGAAAUCAGAAGCUAUAGGAACAAGUGACCAGAUUGACUUGUUGGCUCUUGGUACUGCAGUUGGUAGCAUUUUAUUAUACAGUACAGUGAAAGGAGAGUUACAUAGUAAAUUAAUAAGUGGUGGUCAUGACAACAAAGUCAAUUGCAUACAGUGGCAUCAAGACAAUGGCUGUUUAUAUAGUUGUUCAGAUGAUAAACAUAUUGUGGAAUGGAAUGCACAGACAUGCAAAGUAAAGUGCAAAUGGAAAGGUGACAGUAGCAGCGUCAGUUCCCUGUGUAUCAGCCCAGAUGGAAAGAUGUUACUUUCUGCUGGUCGAACAAUCAAGCUAUGGGUUUUGGAGACCAAAGAAGUCUACAGACACUUCACAGGACAUGCGACGCCAGUUUCAUCACUUAUGUUCACUACUAUCAGACCUCCUAAUGAGAGCCAACCCUUUGAUGGAAUUACAGGUCUUUAUUUCUUAUCUGGAGCUGUACAUGACCGGUUACUUAAUAUCUGGCAGGUCCGGUCAGAGAAAAAAGAAAAGAAUGCAGUGAUGUCUUUCACAGUUACAGAUGAACCUGUCUGUAUUGACCUGACUUUGUCAGAAAACAAAGAAGAGCCUGUCAGGUUAGUUGUUGUUUGCAGAGAUGGUCAAGUUCAUCUUUUUGAACACAUAUUAAACGGAUUCUGUAAAAAACCUUUGAGUUCAAACUGCACAAUUCAGAUAGCAACAUCUGGGAAAGGCAAGAAAUCUACACCAAAACCCAUCCCUAUUCUAGCAGCUGGUUUUUGCUCAGACAAAAUGUCAUUGUUGCUUGUGUAUGGCAGUUGGUUUCAGCCCACCAUUGAACGAGUGGCUAUAAACUCCAAAGAACCUCAUGUGUGUUUAGUAAGAGAUAUUUCAAGCUGCUGGGCCCCAAAAGUAGAAACUGCCAUAACAAAGGUGAGAACACCAGUGAUGAAUUCUGAAGCCAAAGUUCUGGUGCCCGGGAUUCCUGGCCAUUGUGCAGUGGUUAAGCCUGUGACUCCACAAGCUGAGGAAUUAGAGAGCAAGAGGAAAUUAGGGGAAAAUGAGGUUAGCAUUGAAGAACGCCUGGGAGCAAUGGAUAUAGAUUCAAAAAAAGGAAAAGAUGACCUUCCACAGACAAAUAGUUUUCCAGUUCUUCUUACACAGGGUUUAGAAAGUAAUGAUUUUGAAAUGUUAAAUAAAGUACUCCAAACUAGGAAUGUAAACCUAAUAAAGAAGACUGUGUUAAGGAUGCCCUUGCAUGCUGUUAUUCCGUUGUUGCAAGAGCUGACAAAGAGAUUGCAAGGACAUCCUAAUAGUGCUGUUUUAAUGGUUCAGUGGCUAAAAUGUGUGUUAACAGUUCAUGCAUCAUAUCUCUCCACAUUGCCUGACCUGGUAUCCCAGCUGAGGACACUCUACCAGUUACUGGACAGCAGAGUCCGAACUUUCCAGAAACUCUCCCACCUUCAUGGAAAACUCAUCCUUCUAAUCACACAAGUUACAGCAUCAGAAAAAACAAAAGGAAUGACUUGUCCUGGACAGAAGGCAAAAUUGGUGUAUGAAGAAGAAUCUUCUGAAGAGGAGUCUGAUGAUGAAAUAGCAGAUAAGGAUUCUGAUGAUAAUUGGGAUGAAGAUGAGGAAGAGAAAGAAAGUGAUAAAGAUGAAGAUGUUGAUGAAGAGCAUGAAGAGGAAGAUGCUGAAGAAAAAGAUGAGGAAAAUGGUGAGGACAGAGAUGUGACCAGUGAAAAAGAAUUAAAUGGAGAUUCUGAUUUAGAUUCUGAAAAUGAAAGUGAGGAAGAAUGAAGACAGAAAAAGAAGACAGAAAAAGAAGCCAGUCUAACUGUAUAAACUCUGGCUCACCUUGUCCAAUGCUGCCACGUUCUUCUGGGGAGGGUUGUCUCUGUGACAGGAUGCCAAGGACCGUUGCACAUUUCCAAACCUGUAAUGGUGGUUCCCAUGCCACUUUGCUGUCCUGACCACCCCAGACUUAACUGUGUAAAUAAGAGUGUUUCGUUCAAAUGUUAAUAAACUUUACACAGUAAAUAGACACAUUUUCUGCAAUGUACUGACAUGAGUGUCCAAUAUAUGGUAUAUUUUUAUAAUAUAAUAUCCUGGUAUAUGAUUGGUUAUAUCAAGAAUUGACUUAGUGAAGAUCAAAGAAAUUUCCUGUGGGGUUCAAGAACUGGACUGUUGUGAAGGAGUCAGCUCUUAUCUCAGGUUGGUGUCUUUCAUCAAAUCCAGAUGUGCUACAGCACUAGUAAAAAAAUUUUUUUUUUAAUUUGGUACAUUUUCAUAAAAUGAGGGGAUAACUAAAAAAACUAGAGUGAAAAAUAACUGUGAUUGGAAAAAAAAAAACCAAUUUAUCCCUAGCUUGUCUAUUAACUGUGGUAAUCUGACUUGAGUCAGAUUGAAUAUUUGGAGUACUUCCCCAAAAAGCCACUUAUUUUUUAAACUGUCAUGUGAAAUAUUUUUUUAAAACAACAACAAAAAAAUUAUGGUAAUUAAAAAACUAAAGAAUUAGCCAUAUUAAGAAUUUUUCUUGACUGCGAAUUGCCGGUAAAGAAUUAUCAGUGUAUAUAGAUUAGAAGUGCACAUUACCUGCAAUUUUUAAAAAAAAUUCAGUUAUAGCUGCUUUUGAAGAGGUUUUCAUUUUUAUUUAAAAUACUAAUGGAUCAAAGAACAAUUCUUUAU